GUGGAGAAAGAACAGACCGAAGAUGUUUCAUUUGUUAUCGAAGUCGAGCCUCUCAGCUGUAACGUAGAAUGACCAAUGUAGAUCUAUGAAAGAAGAAGAUCCUGUUAUGUGUUUGAUGUUGGAGUUAUGACUGUAGGACAAGAGGUGGAUAAGAUUCCUUCCAUUGCAUGAGCAGUCACUGAUCAUCAGCUGUUUGUCGUGCUUGCAAUCUCAGGUUGAUGUGGUCAGAAUGUCUUAGAGUACGAUGGACAACGCGAGAUUGUACAAGGUGACGGAUCUCACGACUCGGCCGGCUAAGGUGACACCUGAUCAGCUGGAGGUGACCGAGUCUGGGAAUGCUGUCAAGGUUCACUCCGAUGUGCCUCACCUGGUUAGCCUGGGUAGUGGGCGCCUCAGUACAGCUGUCACCCUACACCCUUUGCCUGAAGGGUGCACCACCAUUGGCACAAACCAGUCCAGCAGCCCUCAGGAUAUUGUGGUGCAGGGGACUGGGGUACAAGCCAACCACUGCUCCAUAGAAAACCGGCAUGGUGUCAUCACACUCCACCCGCUGGCGAAGCCUUGUGCUGUGGAUGGUUUGCUCAUUGAGAAACCCACCAGGCUGGCUCAAGGCUCUAUGAUUUGCAUUGGACGUUCCAAUUACUUUCGCUUUAAUCAUCCUCAAGAAGCUCGGAAAAUCAAAGAUGCGAUGCCCAACUGUCGGAUAUCUGUGGCUCCGCUCACAUUCCUGCAGGGGCUGGAAGAUAAUCCGGAGUACCUUAAGAUGAUAUCAGAGGCCAGUGGUACAAAAGCCAAUGGUUCUACUCUGACAGACUCGCCACUCGUAUCCCAGUCACAACCAAGACCAACGCCUCGCUCUGCUAUACCCCCUCCUGUACCUGUGAGGGAUUCCAGCAGAUCCAAGGUCCACAAGAUCAACAAGGAGAUUUUCAGAGACAGUUUAGAAAAAGACGAUUUUGUGAACAAAGUGUGCAAGUUUGAACUUAUUUCUCGGGGAAAGUCUUCUCCACGAUCCCCGACAAACAGUGGUAGCCCCUCCCCUUCUGUAGGGUCUGACCAUCACGAGAGGUCGGGAGACUCAAGUGACAGUAGUGCAAUAUCAAGUCCAAACGUCACUUACGCAGGGGAAAAACUGUUCACCAAGGACACUGCCACAACCCGAGUGGCUUUUAGUGUUGUACAAGGUGCUCCACCAGUAACACCCACAGAUCGCAUUCCAAGUACAUGCAGCUCCACGAGUACCACAUCGUUGACAAGUGUCAGUAGUCUGGCAUCAAGUAGUAGUUCAGACACGUGUUCUAGUCACUCAUCACUGUCAUCAGGAAACAUCACCAUGACGAGCCCUGCCUCCCCCUUAUCCACCUCCCCCUUCUAUCAGCAGCCUCCUGGAGUGUACAAAGACAACACCAAACAUGUCCCGGUGAUGGGCAAUAGCUUAGUGUUUGUAAACGGAGCUGUGGUGAAUGGAGGGAACAGGGGCAGUGGUUCGAGCCUGGGAUCAGACUUUAACAAUCCGAGGCACACAUUUGAAGGAAUUGACUUUGAUAUAACAGAGCUCACUGCCAGCCAGCAAGAUCUUUCCAUGAAACAUAAGGAAAUUGUAGCUGAGAGGAAGCGUGAACAAGAGCUUGAGAAACAAGAGCGCCAGCGUUUGGAAGAAAUUUUAAUGAUGUGUGCGGAAUACGAAAAACAGGUGGAAAGUGAAAAUAAGACAAAGGACCAAGCUAAACAGCCUAUACCUGUGGGAAGGCAUUUUAAUUUGAACUUGGCACAGAAUAUGACCACAGACCCAAAUUUGUCAGGAUCUACGGAACGAAAGGAUAAAUCUGAAUUUCGUAACUCCAUAACCAAAAUUAAAACCAAUGGGUCACUAAAUCUCCUUGCCUCUCCAAACAAUCCUCAGAAGGAGGGAACUGUUUUUGGAUUUCAGCCCAAACGCUGUGGCUCCAGUUCCUCUAACUCUGAGGAUGAACCAUUUCUCAGCUCUGAGGAAACUGGCACGAUUAAGAAAAGACCACCCCCACCAUUUGACACUACCAAGACCGACAACAAAAACUCCCACAACUUUUCCCCAGUCUCGUCGCCAUCGUUCAGGGUGGAGGCUGUGUCCAAGGUGUCACCCCCUCCACCAUUAUCAUCUGGCUCUUCAGCUGCCAGCUUUCCAAAGUUUUCAUCACCAGCCAAUCAGCCCUCAUCAAAAGACAGCAAUAAUGUGGUGUCUAGUCCACUAAUUUCUCAGGUAACGGCUGCUGAUGUCCAUGUGGAUUAUCCAAAGAUCAGCCAUGUUCCAAAACCAAACCCGCCUCCACCAAUCAUACAAACCGAGUCUCCUGAUGAUGAAAAUAUGGUGUUGAAUUUUAAAAUGGAGGACAGCCCAAAAGGAUCCAGUAAUGUGGACAGUUCCUACCAAUUGAGCUACGAGUUUGAAAACAAGCGACAUUCAGAUUCUCAGCCAAUUAUUGUGCGUGAAAUUAAAGAACUGGAUUCUGCGUUUGAUGCCAUGGUACACGAGCAGGAUCAGUUACAGAUGAUGAUAAAUGCUUCAGCUAAUACUGAUAGUACUGAGUCCAAAGCAGAGAAUACUUCUGGGCAGGUUCACUGUGAGAGCUCAGUCACUAAUGCAGAUAGUGAAACUGAAAGUGCUCGAUGUCCACCUGAGAUUAAGGUGGAGGUGACAGUUACCUGUAAUGGUGAGGACCAGGUGGACUUCAAAGUGUCACCACCCUUAAUGAGUAGCCCUAAAACUGACACCCCUAGAUCUUCUACGGAGGAACCAAAGUCUCCUGUGUCAUCUGUGGCAUUGGAUGUCCGCUCCCCGGUGACGAGUGAUAGUGACCAGAGUCUUCACCAGAUGAAGGGACCAGAGAGGGCUGCAUCGUCCAGCGGGGUAGAAACCUCCAGCGAGAAUAGCCUCCACAGUAUUGCAGACACUGAACUGAAAGGCCAUGCUCACCUGAGCAGGCUGAAGAAGAUGAAGGCUGAGCUGUUGUCGCGUAUCAAUGAGCUGAAGAAACAGAUACAGGAGAUUGAGGCUCAGGAAAACGAGGCCAUUAGAGAGUUGGAGAUGGAGAGGGCUUUACUGGAAGGGGAACACAAGAAGGAAAUGGAAGAGAUGCAGAAAGACCAGGAACACAUUGAUGUCCUCCAGGAAAAACAACAACGCCUCAUACAAAGAGCUGCAGUGGAGAGAGAGAAAGUAAAUAUAUGAUUUGAGCGAAUUAAAUAGUUGUUAGAAACAGUCCGGUGUGAGUUAAGAGUUUCUUGUCCAGGAUAGGAGCAAUGCUUCAAUUGAACCUGUAUGUGUCAAG